AAUCUACGUCAUCAGUGUGCGCAGGUUGCAGAGGAGGAGGUGGCAGAUGCCUCUUCGAAACAACACUGAACUGUUGUCUACCUACUACCCGGUUUUUCCUCUCAUACUGCUGAAGAGCAGCUGUUGGGAUGCCAAAGAAGUUCCAGGGUGAGAACUCAAAGGCCGCCACAGCCAAAGCCCGCAAAGCCGAGGCCAAGGCAGUGGCAGACGCCCACAAAAAGAAACAGGAAGAGGACGCCCUGUGGCAAGAAACCGACAAACAUGUACUCAAAAAAGAGCAGAGAAAGGAUGACAAGGAGAAAAAGAGGCUUGAGCUUCUGGAAAGAAAAAAGGAAAACCAGCGACUUCUGGAUGAGGAGAGUGCUAGGCUGAAAGGUAAACUCCUGAAGGAGGCUGCAGCUGGAGGAAAGUUAACCCGAGCCCAGAUUGAGGAGGCGCUUCAGAAUGAGCAGCUGCAAGCGGAGCAGGAGCAGCAACAGCCAAAAGAAAAGAGCCACUUGGAGACUCCACUGGAGGAGAACGUGAACAGAAUUAUUCCUGAAGAAGGAAGUGUGGAAGCCAGAACAAUAGAAGAUGCCAUCGCAGUGCUCAGCACUGGGCCUGAUGACUUGGACCACCACCCAGAGAGGAGGAUGAAAGCAGCUUUUGCUGCCUUUGAGGAGGCCAACAUGCCCCGCCUAAAAAAAGAAAAUCCCAACAUGAGAUUGUCACAGCUCAAACAACAGCUGAAGAAGGAGUGGAUGAAGUCGCCAGAGAACCCCUUAAACCAACGUUUUGCUGGGUACAACUCAAAGUGAACGCACUCUCCUUCCCAAUAACUCCAGAUGAAAACUGGCUGCCUAUGCGCAUUUGAGACUUUCAUUGAAAAUUGAGUAAUUCCAUUGAAAAAUGAGCAUUGUUGAUGAGAGCUUUACCACCAACUGCCCAGAAACAAUCUCUUCCAUACCAGAGGACUCGGCUUUGUUUGAUUCACUUGCAGGGAGAAGAUCAUUUUCCCCUAUCAAGGUCACAACUGAUCCCUAUGUUUGUGCACUUUGCUACUAAUGAGGCAAUUAAAACAAUCUAAAAAGUAACAAUUAUUCUUCUUUCUAGCACUUCUGGCGAGGUGGGAAGUCUGAUGUUUUCAGUGUCAUUUAUUAAAUUUCACCACUCAAUCAUCAA